AUGGAGUCCGGCAACGCAGAGCAGCAGCUGGCACCAGUGGCCGGUGAGGCCACCACCGCCGCGGCCGCGGCGACUACGACCAAACUGUCGCAGCAGAAGGUGCAGCAGCGGGUGAAGCAGCUGCGGACCGAGGCCGAGGCCGAGACGGAGAAGGGCAGCGAGGAGUCGCUCCGCAAGGCGCUCACCCUCUACGCCGAGGCGCUGGCGCUGGUCCUCCCGCCGCCCCCGGCGGAGGAUGAAGAUGACCAGGAGCUGCCGCCGCCCACGCCCGCCGCGGCGCCGCUGUUCGGUGGCCGCAGCACCGUGCUGAUCAAGAUGGAACAGCCCGAGGCCGCCCUCCUUGAUGCCUGCUACGCCGUCUCCCACGAUCCGCGCUGGGCCAAGGCGCUCGCCCUGUCGCCCAAGACGCAGCUCUUCGUCGAGGGCCUGGCCCAAGCCGAGGCCGCCUACACCAAGUCGUACCAUGACUCGGUCAAGAGCAUCUUCUUGAAGGACGGCAGCGUGGAGGUCCGCCACAUCAACGCCGAGAGGGGCAAGGGCGUCUUCGCCGAGAUGGACUACACGCCUGGCCAGAGCGUCUUCAUCGAGGCACCGCGCCACACGCGCUUCAAACUCACUGCGGCGGGUUCGGGGUUGCAGUCGCCGCUCGUGUCGCACAAGAUCGUGGCCAAGCCCGAAGCGGAGGAAGGUGGUGAGGAGAAGGAGCUGCCGCAGGAGGACAUCGAAGGCUGCGCCUACUGCCUGCGCUGCUCGCUGCCCAAGGACCGCUUCCCCCUGUCCGAUGCCAUCCACAAGGCCAUCUACACCGAGGGCGUGCCCGAAGGGGUCGAUUGCGAGCACUGCGAAGAUGAGCACUACUGUUCCGAAGAGUGCCGCAAGGUGGCCUGGGCGCACUUCCACAAGUCCCUCUGCGUGGGCCAGGACCCUUCGGCCGACCACCCGAUGCUCAAGCUCGAAGCCCUCGCCAGCGAGUGUGAGCGCACGAAUCCGCUGAUGAUUGCGCGCAUCUUCGCGAUGAUCGUGCAACGCGUCCAGGCCACCAACGAAGAUCCCCGCAUGGCUUUCGCGCCGUUCGCCAACUUCGUGUCGAACGAGGAGAAGUUCCCGCACGACACGCAGGCGCUGAGCUACAUCGAGCAGCAGCUCUUCAAGGACAUGUCCCAGGCCGACAAGAUGCGAUUCGCGCAGGUGGUCAACAUCGAACACUUCCGUCUGCUCAACGGCGCCAUCAUGAGGAAUGCCCAGACCGUGUGCCCCGUGACGGAUCUGCACAGUUUCCUGGCCGAGGCGGCGGACGAGGACAAGCCGGCCCUGCUGGAGGCGAUCAACCGACAUCUCUUCGAAGACGAAGAGGACGGCGAUGAGAGCGACAAGGACGCCGCCGCCGACGGCGACAAGGGGAAAAGAAAAGGAGAAGGAAAAGGACACGGCCGAGGCCCCAAGGGGGGCAAGAAGGGCGAGGACUUCAGGUUCGAGAACAUCUACGAAUUCCUGGACUGUCCCAUCAUGCGCAAUCUCACCGUUGGCGCUGCGUCGGGACUGUUUGUGUUUGCCAAUUCGAUGAACCACAGCUGCGCGCCCAACGUGAUCGUGGUGAGCUGCUUCAACUCGUUCCUCAUCCGCGUCAUCGCCAUCAACGAGAUCAAGAAGGGUGAUGAGCUGUGCUUUUCGUACAUUGAUGAGGAGGCGCCGUUCGAGCAGCGCCAGCGGCAGCUGGAGAAGCUCUACCUGUUCGAGUGUCGCUGCGAGAAGUGCGCCAUCGAGGCCCGGAUCCACGCCCACAUCAAGCGCGGCCCCGGCGGCAACAACAACAAGAAGCCCGGAAACACCGCCGCCGCCAAGAAGAAGAGCAACGCCAAGGGCAAGAAGGGAGGAAGGAGGUGA